CGCCCCCUCGCGGGACGGCGCAGGCGCGUGUGGGCUCCGGCGGCGCAGCUCAGGCGCUGGGCCCGGGCGUCCCCUCAGGGGCCGACGCCGCCAUGGAGCUGACGCUGAACCGCGCGGACUACGUGCAGGUGGGAGUGACCUCUCAGAAAACUAUGAAGUUACUUCCUGCUUCAAGAAAUAGGGCUACGCAAAAGGUGGUUCUUGGAGAUCAUGAUGGGGUAGUUACAUGUUUUGGUAUGAAGAAAGGAGAGGCAGUGGCUGUGUUCAAGACUUUACCAGGGCAGAAGAUUGCAAGGCUGGAACUAGGAGGGACUCUUCACAUGCCACAAGAGAAGAUAUUUAUAGCUACAGGUUCUGAGAUUAGAGGCUUCACAAAGAGAGGGAAACAGUUCCUCUCCUUUGAAACAAACCUCACCGAAAGCAUUAAAGCUAUGCACGUAUCUGGCUCAGACCUCUUUCUCAGUGCAAGUUACAUCUAUAACCAUUACUGUGACUGCAAAGACCAGCAUUAUUAUCUUUCUGGAGACAAAAUCAAUGAUGUCAUCUGCCUUCCCGUGGAAAGAGUACCACACAUUACACCAGUACUGGCUUGCCAGGACAGAGUGCUAAGAGUUCUACAGGGAUCUGAUGUGAUUUAUGAAAUUGAAGUUCCUGGUCCACCUACUGUAUUAGCACUACACAAUGGAAAUGGCGGUGACUCUGGAGAAGACCUCUUGUUCGGAACAUCAGAUGGAAAACUUGGGCUCAUUCAGAUCACUGCAUCCAAACCAAUACACAAGUGGGAAAUUCAGAAUGAGAAAAAGAGGGGAGGUAUUUUGUGUGUUGACAAUUUUGACAUUGUGGGUGAUGGGGUCAAAGACUUGAUUGUUGGGAGAGACGAUGGAAUGGUGGAAGUAUACAGUUUUGAUCAUGCAAAUGAGCCUGUUCUACGAUUUGACCAGACUUUGUCUGAAAGUGUCACAUCUAUCCAGGGUGGUUGUGUAGGGAAAGAUGGCUAUGAUGAAAUUGUGGCAUCCACAUAUUCAGGCUGGGUUACAGGUCUAACAACAGAACCUAUUCAUAAGGAAAGUGGACCAGGUGAAGAACUGAAAAUUAAUCAGGAGAUGCAGAGUAAAAUUUCUUCCUUAAGGAGUGAGCUGGAACAUAUACAGUAUAAGGUUCUCCAGGAAAGAGAGAAAUAUCAACAGUCUUCUCAAUCAAGCAAAGCAAAAUCAGCAGUACCUUCAUUUAGUGUAAAUGACAAGUUUACAUUGAAUAAAGAUGAUGCCAGCUAUAGCCUUGUCUUAGAGGUACAAACAUCAAUAGAUACUGUCUUAAUACAGAGUGAUGUCCCAAUAGACUUACUUGAUGUGGAUAAAAAUUCUGCUGUUGUCAGCUUUAGCAGCUGUGAUUCUGAGUCAAAUGAUAACUUCCUUCUUGCCACUUACCGGUGCCAGACAAAUACCACAAGACUGGAGCUCAAGAUUCGCUCAAUUGAAGGCCAGUAUGGCACACUUCAAGCAUAUGUGACUCCAAGAAUUCAACCUAAAACCUGUCAAGUUCGCCAGUAUCUUAUCAAGCCCCUCUCACUCCAUCAAAGAAUUCACUUCAUUGAUCAUGACAGGCCCAUGAAUACGCUGACUUUAGCAGGCCAGUUCAGUUUUGCUGAAAUUCAUUCCUGGGUGGUUUUUUGCCUUCCUGAGGUUCCUGAAAAACCUCCAGCAGGAGAAUGUGUGACAUUUUACUUUCAGAACACCUUCCUGGAUACACAACUUGAAAGUACCUACAGAAAAGGAGAAGGAGUUUUUAAAUCUGACAACAUUUCUACUAUAUCCAUCCUAAAGGAUGUGCUAUCAAAAGAAGCUACAAAAAAGAAAAUUAACCUCAACAUAUCAUAUGAGAUAAAUGAAGUAUCUGUCAAGCACACUUUAAAAUUGAUCCACCCAAAGCUUGAGUAUCAGUUGCUUUUGGCUAAAAAAGUACAAUUAAUUGAUGCUUUAAAAGAACUGCAAAUUCAUGAGGGAAAUACAAACUUUCUGAUACCAGAAUAUCGCUCUAUUCUAGAAGAGGCAGAUCACCUGCAGGAGGAAUAUAAAAAGCAACCUGCCCAUCUUGAAAGACUCUAUGGCAUGAUCACUGAUCUUUUCAUAGAUAAGUUCAAGUUCAAGGGCACGAAUGUGAAAACCAAAGUCCCUCUUUUACUGGAGAUCUUGGACAGUUAUGACCAAAAUGCACUGAUUGCUUUCUUUGAUGCUACAUGAAUUAUAAACAAGGUAAAACUCUAAGGAUGUGGUUUGUAUGAAUGAAAAAUGCCAGACGUAUAUGACUUCUCUUCACAGUACUCUAUGUCUAGAAAUAUUUUAGAUUCGAAUUUUAAUAAUGCCGCUAUUACACCAAAUAUAACUUUUCAGAAAUGUAAUUUUAUUUUUAAAAGAUAAAUGGAAUAGGACUUCAACAAUUUUUUUUUUUGCAAGUGGCUAUUUUAACUUUUACAUUGAGAAAAAUAGUACUUGGAUAAUAAAGUCUAUUUAAAUAUU